AUGUAUUUGUGCAGUUUUGAAAAAGUUGCGUGUGUUUUUCUCAUUUUGAUUAGUGUAGCGAGUUCUGUUACUCCACCGCAAGUUGCUGGUGACGAUGUCAAUGAUGGGUUGGAGAAAGAGGAGAAAAAGUUGAGCGAGACCAUCAUGAAGAUACUGGAGCAUUACAAGCAGCCGGAUCCCGUAGGGUUUCCGGGAGUCCCUAUCCCGGAUCCCAUGGACAUUCCGGAUCUGAAACAUUCCUUUUCCGUUGGAAGGAUGAACUUCAAGAAAGUGAAACUAUACGGCCUGAAAAAAUUCCGCAUCGAACACAUCGAAGCGGACAUCCCGAACAUGAAACUAAGGGCGACAUUGUCCAUCGACCAUCUCGACGUGACGGGCAACUACACCCUCAGCACGUGGAUAUCCUCGGCCAAGGGUCCGUUCAGCAUAAAGCUGACCAAGGUCGAGGUCACGGCCACGGCCGCGCUCAAGGUCGAGCGCAAUGGCGUGCUCGACGCGCAGGAGAUGGACAUGGACAUCAAGUUCAAGGAGAUCGCGAUGGAUUUCCGCGGGUUAGGAUUUUUCGCCAGUAUGUUUCAAGGUGUCAUGAAUUCAGUCGGAACUUUUGUUUUUGAUUCGGUGAAGCCUUUCGUCCUUGGAGAGGCGAAUAAAAAAAUGCGACAGGACGUCAACAAAGAGGUGUCGAAAUUUGAGAAGAAGUUCCCCAACUCGAUCUCGCCCCUCGACGAUUUGAUGUGUGAGCUGAGGAAGAAAGUCAGGAACAUGGGCUACGAUCCCUACAUGAUCCCGGCCUAUAACAGCAGCGUCGGCGUCCUCGAGGUCUUCCUCACUCACACCUGGCUUUACGGCCUGUCGUCCUUCCACAGGACCAGAGACAUCAAGCUGGAGCUGAAGAACAAGACGCUGCACGCUUUCGUGGAGGUCGGCACGGGACAAUUGAAAGGCACCAGCCAAUGGGAGGUGUCUCUGGUGGCCGGGUUGCUGUCCGAGUUCGGGUCGGUGGAAUUCACCGUCGACUAUAUCAAGGUACAAGUGAACGUCAGCCAGACCAUGGACACCAGCCACCCGCCAGCCCUGGACGACAUCCAGAUAGAGAUGGGAAACAUCCAAAUCAGGUUCGACGGUCUCGGAACAGUCGACUAUCUCAUCGAGGCUGGCGUCAACAUCCUGCCGAAUGUGCUCAGGUACCAGAUUAUGGACGCUCUGGAAAGGCCCAUCAAGCUCAGGGUCCAGGAGGAACUGGACAGAGUGAAUAUCGAGGAGUUGGUGUUGGAGAAUGCGGAUAUGCUGGAUAACGUCACUGCUUUGACGAGUAUUCCAAUACCUGCGGCGCCGAAACUAUUUCCGGAUGCCAGUGUUAGAAAUGUAACUGCACAUCGUCCAUAG